AUGACUAGCUGUAUGGAUGAUAUAUUAGGGACAAGAGUGACAUCAGUUGCCACAGGCGGAAAUUAUGAACAAUUGGAUGAACAAGAACAAAUACAUCAGCUUGAAAACCGAAAACAGAAUCUGAAAGAAAAGCUAAACAAUGCUAAAAGUAUAGAAUCAAGACUAGGUGAUGACAUGGAAAAAUAUAAACAUGAAGCGGAAGUACAUCGAACUGAAAUGCGUCGACUCGAUGAAGAAUUGAGACAAAGAAAUUCUGAAAUCGAACGAAUCGAACAAGAACUUGAAACUUUACGUGAUGAAAAACUACAAUUCGAAGAAACAUAUCGACAACAAGAGAGUGAAUAUGUUCAUCUAAAAGAGCGACUAGACAAAAAUGAAGAUGAACUUGAACAAUAUCAAGCACAAUUACACGAAUUAGCCGAAGAAAAACUUCUUUUAGAAGAACAAUCGAAAGAUCUAAAACAAAAAUGCCAAGAGAUAGAAAAGAAACAUCAAGAACUUCUUCAACAGAUUCAAAAGCUUGAAGAACAACAAGAAGAAUUGAAAAUAAGUUUGAAUGACUCGACGAAAGAAAUUCGUCAAAUUGAAAAUAAAAUGAAUCAACUUCGAAAUGAUAUGCGUCAAUUCGAAAAAGAAUUAACUACAAUUGAACAACAACAUAUUGAACUUGAACAACAAUUGAGUGCAAACAAAUCGGCUCGUGAUCGUCUUGAAACUGAUAUUAGAAAAAUUGAAAACAUGAUUCGACGUUUUGAGCAAAUAAUUGACAUGAAAAGAAAUCGAUUGAACGAAUAUAAUCAAUACAAACAACAAUUACAAGCUGAGCAAAAUCAAGCUCAAGUUGAAAUAACUCAAGCAAAACAAGAGCUCAUUACAAUUCAAGAAAAAAUGACAUCAUUACAAGAUAUUACUAAGCAAAGUCGAGUUGAAGUGAAUAGAUUGAAACAAAUGCUUGUAGAAGAGGAGAGACAAAUGCAACAAUUAAUUCAACAAAAGCAAAGUCUCGAGUAUGUAAAACAAUAG